ACUAAUAACCAUAUAAUAUUUGUAAACAACGAAGAUUCUUAACACGUUAUUCUUUUCACAUUCCGAGUUUGUUGAGCCGGCAAAAUGGCCACUUCUGCAAAGAAUUACAAAGUCGUCAUUUAUGGAUUAAUUGAUUCUAUGAAUUUCAAAAGAGCUCAAUAUUGUGCACAAAAAAUGGAAGUUGAUUUUCCUGAAACGUUUAAAAAACCUGAUAUUGUUCCCAUGUUUGAAUUUGAGUGGGAAGAAUUUAUUGAAAAGCAGAAAAAGUUGCUCCAAGGAGAAAUGUGGAUAUAUGACAAAAAUGAAUUGGUGUUUAUCAACGAUAAAAUGCUUGGUAGCUAUGAUGAUCUUUUGUACUGGGCUGAUUAUAGUAAAUUUUAUGACAACAAUUUACCAUAUACAUUGUUUUCUGCAUUAGUUGAAGAGGAUUACAGAAAUGAAUUAAUCAAGAGAAAUCAUGAUUUUAUCUACAUGUACAUCAGUAUCGAUGACAUAGACUCUGGAUUUUUCCUAAUUGAGUUGUUCAAUGACAUUCUUCCAAAAACAUGUGAAAAUUUCAAAACAUUAUGCGUUGGAAAUACUCCCAUGGCACGUGACCCACUGAGAAAACUCACUUAUGAAGGCUCCUUUUUCCACAGAAUUGUACCAAAUGGAUGGAUUCAAGGAGGCGAUGUGUGCGACGGUCGUGGUAAUGAUGGAGAGUCUAUAUUUGGAGGUGAAUUUGAAGAUGAAAAUUUUUGUAUACCUUUCAACAAACGGGGCGUACUAGGAAUGGCUAACCAUGGACGGCAUACAAAUUCUUCCCAAUUUUUUAUAACUUUAGUAGAAACACCUUGGAUGAAUCAUAAAUAUGUUGCCUUUGGUCAACUUCUUGAAGGCACAGAGCUUCUACAGACAUUAGAAGAAGAACAAACAUUCAAUGAGAGACCCAUCAAGCCUUUAAGGAUCUACAAAUGUGAGGCAUUUAAUUUUACAGAGUCUAUUACCCAUACACCACCAUCUAACAUGUCGGGAAGCAUUCAUGUUUUUCCAGAAGGGGAUGAAGAUGCUGAAAAAGAACAUUCACCAGGUGAACAAGAAGAUGCAGCAGAUAUACCAGAAAAUGUAACAGAUGAACCAGAAAAUACCGUAGGUGUAACAGAAGAUGUAGAAAAUAUACCAGAAGAUGCAGAAGAUGCACCAAAAGUUGGAGGUGAUACACCAGAUGAUGAAGUAAAUGUGCUGGAUGAUGCUUUUGUUGCACCUGAAGAGUUAGUAAAUGCACCCGAAGAAAAAGUUGAACCAGAUGAAAAAGAAAAGAACAAAUGCCUUCAACAGAAGACUCCAAGGAUACAUAAACUUCUUAUUAUGCAUAAGCAGAUAUAAGCACACUCAUGCAUGUAUAUGUGCACACAAAUAUGUGUGUAUGCACACACACAACACAACAUAACACAACACUAUACUUGUAUGUUGUGUUGUGUGUGUGUGAACAUAUGUUUG